CCGGAAAGUCACGAAACAACUGACAGACAGACAGACAGACAGACAGAGGGCACCAGGCCUGCCUACAUUGUCCGUCCCAUCAGAUAACGCGCGCUGCCGCAAUUGCGAGCCAGAAGGCAGACAUGAGAAUCGCCGACAACACAUGAAUGCGGGCCCACUUCUGCCGCUGGCUGCCUUUCCGCGCAUCCAGGUUCAAUAUGAAUACGCAGCAUCCAAUCAGGGGCAGACCGAGCGUCGCCAGGAGCAGACACUGCACACACAGAUCCAUGCCGUAUGCGAAAGAGACAUAUAUACAGACAGUGAGGGAGACAGAGAAACAUGUUCACCUGUAUGCAGACGACUGAGCCUUCCUCGACCAGUGCCUCCGGGUGUUUGUCUCCCACUCUGGCCGCCACCGCCGGAUACGGCAACUCCGACCCGUCGCUUUUCAGGAAGACCGACUCUUUUAUCCCACCCGUAUACAGCCGGAACAUGUUGUUCCACCGGCCGCUCAGGGACGACCGCACCGGGUGGUUCCUCGCAGCUGUGGACGCGUUCUGAGGCCUGGCCUUGGUUUGGGGCUGGGUCUGCUUGUUCCCUCUGGCUGCCAGCUCUGGGAUGAUGUCCGUGGCGCUGAUGCGCGGCGCCUCUGUCCUCUGUGAGGGGGCCGUCAUGUUGGAUGCUGAUGGCUGGUUGCUGUCGUCACCGCUGAACCGGAGCGAGCGGGAGACGUCGCCGGCGUGUGCCUUCGGUUGGGCAGUGAGCCGCAUGCUGCUCGAUUCUGCCGUGGGGGUCAUCUGCUCUGGUGACACUGUCUGCCCGUAUCCAUAUCUCUCGUAGAUGGACAGAAGAGACGACGGGUGUCGCGGAGGGGAGGGAAUGACGAACGCGGCUGUGGCCGACACAUUCUCGAGCUUUGGCUGGUGUGGCUCGUCAGGGCUCACUAGCAUUUCAUCCUCAUCCCCGGAUGCAGGGGGCACAACAAUGCUCUGCGAUGAAGACAGAGGCAGGUUGAACGCCAUCGGGGA